AGAUGCUCACCCACGCAAAGCAGACACACACGCACACUUUCCACGCUGGGCGACUCACAAGAAGGCAGACAGAGCUCUUGACAGGCAGCCAGCGGGGACAGGACGGGGCAGGCCGCCCGGCAUAGCUCAGCCCAGCUCAGCCUUGCUGCGUCUAGGAGAUCCCGAGUGCCAGCCCAUGAACCCACUUUCGGCUGGGUGACUUCGCCGCUUCCCUGGACUUGGGAAGAGAACCCAGGAGCCUAAAGAGCCUUUUGCUUCCAGUCUGAACCAGCGAACCGGAUCUUCAGCAAUUGUGGCAAGCCACUAGACCUCAAUGGUUUUUUCGCCGACCCCUGGGAAUGGGACUUGGGCUUCCUGACAGGCAGCCUGGCCUCUCGGAUGGCGGUGAUGGGCUUCUCCCCGAUGGCAAGUAGGAACAGAGAACAUGAGCGUCUGGGUCCUUCUCUUCCAUGUUGAAAUCUCCGGAGCCGUUCUCCUGGCUGAGAACUCGGACUCCCAGCCCCCUGCCACGCCCGCCCUCUUGACCCUCCCCUCCCCAAGACCCCCCUGGGCCCUGCUCAUGCCAAUGCACCCCCUGCAAGCCACCCUGAGCCCCAGCGUGCCGCCUUCCCUCCUGGAGCCCCCACGCAACAGCUGCAACAACAUCACCAAGCUGCAGCAGGACAGCCACCCGGCCUUGAGCUCCUUCAUGUUCGCCGCCGGGGUGGUGGGCAACCUCUUGGCUCUGGCCAUCUUGGGCGUCCACCGGAAGGAGCUGCGCACCAAGUCCUCGUCCUUCUGCAUCCUGGUGACCGGCCUGGCCAUCACCGACCUGUUGGGCACCUGCAUGGUCAGCCCCGUGGUCUUCGUGGCCUACUCGAUCAACGCCACUUUGCUGGGCAUGGUGGACGGGCAGCGCUGGCUCUGCGACUUCUUUGCCUUCUCCAUGAUGUACUUCAGCCAGGCCGCCAUGCUCAUCCUCUGCGCCAUGGCGGUGGAGCGGUGCCUGGCCAUCAGCUACCCGUACUUCUAUUCCCAGCACAACAUCCGCCACUGGGUCAGGCUCUCUCUGCCCGCCAUCUACGCCUUCAGCGCCUUCUUCUGCGCGCUCCCCUUCCUGGGCAUUGGGAAAUUUAAGCAGUACUGCCCGGGGACGUGGUGUUUCAUCGAGAUGGAUGCCGACCCGGGCGACCCGCACCACGGCGCCGCCUUCUCCUUGUCCUACGCCACUCUCAUGGCCCUCCUCAUCCUCGCCAUCUUCCUCUGCAACGGGCUGGUCAUCAUCAGCUUGUGCCAGAUGUACCGGAAGCAGAAGGCCCGCCGGCGCGGCUCCAUCAACGUGGCCCAGCUACGCCGGCGGAAGAGCUGGUUCAGCCGCGGCGACGAAGAGGUCGACCACCUGAUCCUGCUGGCCCUCAUGACCAUCAUCUUUGUGAUCUGCUCUUUGCCCCUCACGAUUCGAGCCUACAUCGGUGGCAUUCGUCCAGACCGCAACGAGGACAGCGACAUGUUCGCCUUCCGCCUCAGCGCGCUCAACCCCAUCGUGGACCCUUGGCUGUUCAUCCUCUUCCGCAAAACCGUCUUCCGCGGCAUUCGGAGAUUCUUCUGCAACCUUCCGCGGUGGCCCUACUGGUCCAGGACACAGAAGGCGCCCACGACAUUUGGGAUGCAGGACGGCAUCCCCUUCCAAGACCAAUCUGCCUGCUGAGAGCAGAAGCCGCCCGACGCACCAAGCUGUGGCAGCCCCUCUCUGGCAGGGGGCAGGCCAGGCCGGGGUUUUCCCUGCUGUGGCAUGGUGAGACUUGGAAGAGGAGCAGAAGCAGGAGCCAUGAAGGCCGACCCCGGUCUUUCAGUAAGGAUCCAGGAACCAACGGGAAGAGAAGGGUCAGUUUCUCAUCGUAGGAGAGGGUGGCCGGUGAGCGUUCCUUGACCGCAAGCAGACCCCGUGCCCUGGUGGAGAGAUAGUCUAGCACUACAGUGGCAUCUCCAGUAGGGUUUUUUCAACCCGUGGGAAGGCUCAGGCUUAGAACCUCAUCAUCAGCCCCUGUAAAGGGACAAUACUCCCGAUAAAGAGACAGGAGACUGAGUUUACACAAGAUCCCCGAUUCAGCUGCCAAGAGGGAGCCAGAAGAUAAUGUAAAAAAGAUAUGGGGGGGAUGGAUGAUUGACGUGACUUUGAAGCCACGGGUUUGCCUGCAUAUUAAGGGACCUGCGCUCCCCGCCCUGUCUCGUACGCACCAAUGGAUAAUCGUGGCGCUUGGCCAGUUCACGCUUUCAGUGUCAAUUACGUUAAGUACACAAGAUUCAAUUGAUCGUGAAGAGUUGCUGUGGAUCUUUGAAGUGGCGGAAAUAAA